GGUCUUGCUCUUAUCGUCUCCACGAUAAUCUUGUGAGGGCGAAGGGUGCUGGUCUUCAUCCUGGUACACUGCAAAAAAUGACUGUAGCGGUCGAUGAAGAGACCCCUUUGCUACGUGACGGCCCCCAAGAGACUUCAUGUGCGAACGAUGAAGCGGAUGCAGUGACACAGAGGAGCCAGGACGAGGACGUGAAGCCUCAGGUAUCGGUUAUUGCUGUGAUUGUACCAAUGAUGCUGGGCAUAUUUCUUAUCGCAAUGGAUACCACUAUCGUUGCGUCAACCUAUGCGGCUAUUGGCAGCCAGUUCGAACGUUUGGAGAAUACGAGCUGGAUUGCUACAGGAUACAUGCUCACGAUGACAAGCUUUCAGCCAUUGUACGGCAAGUUGAGCGACAUCUUCGGCAGGAAGUCGUGCUUAAUAUUCGCACUCUGCGUCUUUGCGAUCGGCAGCUUUCUCUGUGGUGUCGCGAUUGAUAUGAACUCGCUCAUAGCGGCACGCGCACUGGCAGGAAUGGGUGGUGGAGGUAUAAACACCGUAGGCGUGAUCAUCAUGUCCGAUGUGGUACCGUUGCGGAGCCGGGGUACUUGGCAAGGUGUGGCAAACAUCGUCUUUGCAUCUGGACAAGCUGUUGGCGCUCCACUUGGUGGCAUAUUGGCGGACACUAUCGGCUGGAGAUGGGCGUUUCUUAUUCAAGUGCCCAUGACGGUCUUCGCCAUCAGCUCCGUCGCGUUUGGUCUGCACCUUCCUAAAGUCGACAACAGCGACUUUAUCGGGAAACUCAAACGCGUCGAUUUUGCAGGAGCAAUCACGCUCGUCUUCUCCGUCUUUGCUCUGCUCCUUGGUCUUGACCGAGGUGGCAAUGUCGCCUGGAAGGAUCGAUUAACCAUUGCAUGCUUCGCAGCAUUCUCCUUGCUAUUUGGUGCAUUUCUCGUCAUUGAAUGGUUCAUCGCGCGCGAACCGUUCGCACCGAAGCACAUCAUUCUCAAUCGCACACUGAUCGCGAGUUAUCUAUGCAACUUCUUCUUGAUUGGUGCAAAUAUGACGAUCAUAUUCCAUGUGUCUUUGUACCUCCAAGCGGUACAGGGGCUGAAACCCGCGCAGGUGGGCUUGGCCCUUCUGCCGAACGUGCUCGGAGGAGCGAUUGGGAGUAUCACAAGCGGCUUGAUCAUGAAGGCUACCGGAAAGUACUACUGGCUGACAGUACUCGUUUAUACCCUAUCGUUCUGUGGCAUCGCAAUCAUUGCGGACGUCACCGGACCACUGAUGUUCACUAUGGCCGGGCUUGGUAUUGGUUUGGCAUUGAUGUCCCUGGGAGGAUGGGCGGGUCUUACUACGACUCUCAUCGCUCUUAUUGCCAAUGCUGGGCCUGAGAAUCAGGCUAUUGCGACCGCUGUGUCGUAUCUGUUCCGCACACUUGGUUCAGUAGUUGUCCUAUCGGUUGGUACAACGCUCUUCCAGGAUACGCUCCGUGUGCGUCUACACGAGCGGCUAACGGGAGCAGAUGUAGAGGAGAUCAUUAGACGAGUGAGGGAAUCACUUAGCUAUAUCGACGAGCUCGGACCCGCUGCCCGUGCAGCAGUCGUGCGCUCCUAUAAGGACGGCGUACAAGCAGCGCUGUGGUUUUCCGUCGUUCUCGCAGGCAUCACGGUGUUGUGCUCGGUGUUUAUCAAGGAAAAGCCUCUAUCUCACUGAUAGAAGCGGGACGCGUAAAUUUUCCUUUGCUGUUCAUAUCAUGGGAAUCUGUGUAUUUAUCGAACCCUAGAAUUGACAACAUAUAUAUCACAGUCUUAUCCAAGAAAAUGUGGCACAGCUUGAUACAAUGUGACGCCUCGAGGAAUAGCUCAACUGAUAUGUUCAUCUGGUAGAUCAGCUGUAAAAACACCGUUC